GUUCUAUAAACAUGUUGUUGGUAUUGUUUGUAAUUUUGUGCUCUCUCUUUAUAUAUUGGAUAAAUAAACGUUAUUCUUACUGGUCUAAAAGAGGAAUACCUGGACCAAGUCCCGUACCAUUAGUUGGAAAUUUUUGGAGAAAUAUUAUUGGAAAAUCAUCAGCUGGUGAAAUCGUUACAGAAGUAUACAAUGAUUAUAAGGACUAUCCUUUUGUUGGUAUAUACAGAAAUACAACUCCAAUACUAGUAGCACGGGAUCCAGAAUUUAUUAAGAACGUUCUUGUAAAAGAUUUUAAAAACUUUCACGAUAAUGACAUCGAGGUCGAUCCAGAAGUCGAUCCAAUUUUUGGUCGAAAUCCAUUCGUGAUGAAAGGCGCUGCAUGGAAGCAUAAAAGAGCACAACUAACAACUUGCUUUACAUCAGGAAAGAUUAAAGGAAUGUAUUACUUCAUAGAUAACACAGGAAAACGAAUGAUAAAAUAUCUCGAAGAACAAAUAAAGCAACCUGAACCUUUAGAGGCCAGAGAGGUCUGCGUACGAUUUACAUUAGACAAUGUAGCAGCUUGUGCCUUUGGUUUGGAAGGCAAGUCGUUUGAUGAACCCUAUUCGACAUUUAGAGAAUUGGCAGACAAUAUGUUGUCACCUGAGGGCACAGCUAAUAAACUUAUGUGGAUGGUCGUAGCAGUGUUUCCAGAUAUUAUUAAAUAUUUCAAGAUAAGAUUAAUAUCUAAAGCCAUCGAAACUAGGUUGUUUGAUAUUGUCAGAGGCUCACUAAAACAUAGAAAAGAUAACAACAUUGUAAGAAAUGACUUUUUGGAUAUUAUAAGCAAUCAAUCAAAUGAAGAAGGCGGCACUGUAUCAACUAUAGAUAUUCUCGCUAAUGCUGUCAGUUUCUUUGCUGAUGGGUAUGAAACAAGUUCUAGGGUAAUGUCCUUCUUGUUGUAUGAUUUAGCAUUAAAUCCAGAUGCACAAACAAAACUAAGAGAGCAUCUUACUGACAUUUAUAAGAAAAAUAAUGACCAAUUUACGUAUGAAAGUGUAAAUGAACUUCAGUAUUUAGAUGCUUGUUUAAGUGAAUCUUUAAGGGUGAAUUCCGUGGUUUACACUUUAACCAAAGUGUGCACUGAAGAUUACACGUAUACCCCAACCAACUCUGAUUAUAAGCCUAUUUCAGUCAAACUAAAAGUAGGAGAUAUUGUUAUGAUACCAUUACUUGCUGUGCAAAUGGACCCAAAAUAUUUCGAAGAUCCAGAAAAAUUUAAACCAGAACGAUUUAUAGACAAUCAGGUCAAGAGGUACACCUAUUUUCCCUUUGGAGAUGGACCACGUGCUUGCUUGGGACAACGUUUCGCCCAAACCCAAAUCAAACUAGGAAUUGCGUAUAUAAUUAAAAAUUUUAAAUUAACGUUCAAUAGUAAGACCCAACUUCCUCUGAAAUACGACCCAUUCUACAUUUUGAAACACCCUAUUGGAGGUUUAUGGCUAAAUUUUGAAAAAAUUAAUUAAAAGAACCUGUACUAAUCAAUAGUUACUUGCUAGAUAUAAGUAGCUAUCUAAUAAAUAUAUAUGUAAUUAAAAGUACUUUAUGAAUAUAAGUACUUUUGGAAUAUUUUUUUGCUUUAGUUAUAUAACAUAUUUUUUUGUUUUAUACAAUAUUUGGUAAUAUAAAUUUUGUUAAAU